AUGUCCCUGGCGGACCACGACCUGGGUCCAGGUGUGUUCCCUGGGUCCAGGUGUGUUCCGCAUCAACUGGACGGUCUUGAUGGCCGUGCUGAAAAUCUGUCACCUGGCGAUGGUCUGAUGCUAUGCCUGGGCGUGCACCUGCACUUCCGCAAGCUCUUGACGGGAGACAGGCGCAAAUGCUUGAGCGCUUUGUCGCAGGAGAUUUGCUUGCCAUGCUUGCUCUUCGCGCAUGCACUUCCACAGGGCAGUUUGCUCCUGAUCAAAGAGGGCUGGCCGCUGCUGCUGUGGCCCUUUGCCUAUACCAUCUUAUCUGCCGCGCUGCUCUUGUGUCUGGCUCCUUUGGCCAUCCCUCGCAGCCAGUGGGGCAUCGCCAGCGCCUGCGCUGCCUUCCCGACGGUCUAUGGCAUUCCCAUUGCGGUGAUCAGUGCUCUGGGCAGCGCCGUGCCGAAUUCACCCAGCGGAUUCUCUCCACUCGUCUUCCUGACGGUCAUCCAGUUUAGCGAUUCCCUGCUGAAGUACUCCGUGGCUCCGGUGAUCUUCCGCCUCAGCGACGAGACCAAGGGAUUGGAGCAUUCCCCGGCGUCGAAUGGCGCGCUGCGGGCCCUGCUGGGCAUCGUGGAACUGCUGAAGACGGUCUUCACACCGCAGGUGGUGGCGGUGCUGGUGGCGGUUGGCAUCAGUUCCUUCCUGCCAGACAUCAAAGCUCAGAUGCUUCCGCAAGCAACUGGUCAACCUGUCGGGGUCUUGGCGCUGACUUUUGCCGCGGCAUCUCAACUGGGGGAGUGCGCCAUCCCGCUCUGUUUACUGUCAGUGGGUGGACGCAUCGGCGAAAUGCUGGUGGAAUACAGCGGUGCCGCGGAGGAGGACGACAGCCGCAGCAAGCUGCUGCAGUGUGCCGCGCUCAUCGGGGCCGUGCGCAUCGUACUGGCACCGCUGGUGCUGUUUGGGGCGGCCUAUGCCUAUAAAACCUUGGUGCUGAUGCCACAGCACGUGGUGAAGCCCACAGCCUUCUGGGCUCCUGCGCUGGUCUGUGCUGCCAUGCCCACGGCCAACAACCUCAGCAUGAUGGCCGACCUCGCGGGCAACGGCCGAUCGCUGACGAACACCACGACGGCGCUGCAGCUGAUGGCGGCACCGCUGGUGCUGGUGCUGACGCUGACCACCCUGUUGACCCUGGAGGAAAGCUUGUUGAGCUGA